UAUAGAUACAGAAUAAAACAUGACUUGAAAAGUGUAACGGGUGAUAUUCAUAUAGUCAAUGGUCAAGAAUGGAUGAACGUGGGUUUUCUCAAGGGUGCCCUUCUCAAAUGCGUUUCAUCGCUUUGAUAACAAGACAGAUACAAAACAUUAAAGAUACAAAUGAAAUCUUUAUCAAACAAUAUAAUACCGAUGAACUGACACAAAGGAGGAGGGUCGUUACCAGAAAAGAUGAGGACUCGAAUGACCUUGAAAGUGCAUUGGUGGAAAUUGAAAAUCCCCCCAAUUUAGAUAAAGAUAAUCAGGCAUCGAUUAUGGACAUUAAUAAGUACUUUCUAGAUACAUUUGUUGGUAUUCGUGCUCAGAUUAACGAGGACGCUAGACUUCCUUUUGGGAGUAACGACAAUGGGAGGAUACAGAAAAUAAGGGAUAUUGUUGAAGAUGACGAAAAGUUGGUGGUCACCAGGGAUCGUACUAAGAACGUACAGGUGGAUCUGUUGAAGGGCAAGCUGGAAAGAAGGAAGAAGCUUCGAGAUGACGUUAGAGGAAAGAUUAAAAGUUGUCUCGAUAAUCUCAAAUCUGAAGUGCAGGUGAUCAUCGACAAUCUCAUAAAGCACAACAGUAGAAGUGUUCCAGCUACGAAACUCAGCCUGAUACUUUCUGAUCUAUCCACGCUACAACAUCUCAUCAAGGAAGGAGAGUCAUCUGCCGAGAAUCUAGCCUCAACAAGAAAGGAAAUGAAAACUGUCGAGGACAUUCAAAUCUUGAUACGCGCAUUGGAUAGCACACGAGUACUGUACAGGGCAGCAUGUCACCAGUUGGCCAAAACUAGAUCUAAACGUCAGUCGAGUAUAACCUUGAUAAAUAACAAGGAAGAUGACCAUGACGUCCCCAAACCUGGCGACGAACAAAAGUCCGAAGCAAGCGGAAUUUUCCAAAAUCUAAGACAACUUAUUUCAAAUAUAAGUGACACUAUACGACAACGGAGUCCGAAGAAAAUUGAGAUCAAAGAGGACAUUGCGACAGGGCACGCAAAAGUUAAUGACGAUCACUUUGAUGGUAAAACAAACGCUCCAUCUUAUCCAAUACACACACGGGGGCAAAAACUUUCACAUGUCCUCGAUCAUAUUUCAAAUAGACUAAGAGAUGCAUAUAAUCGAGGAGAUUGCGGUGUAUUAGCGAUGAUCAAUGUCGUAAUUUUCAUUCUCUACAUUGCUAUAUUAGCUCUAGUAGUUCUAAUAGGCCUUAUAGAGGAUGACUGCAGUUUGUCUGUGUCUCUGCAAGAAAUCUUAUGGAACACAAUGGAAAUAACACAUUACACACGCCCACCGGUGUGAUCUUGAAUCGAUCAUUUUGCUCACCAUUUUGAAUUUCCAUGCUACAUUAGAAACAAAAAUAUUUAAUAUCUAUAUCAUCGUUAGGAGUUAGGACUACGCUGAACAAUUUUAAUAAGACGACGAUGUUCGUUUGGAAAAAUCCAUUUAUUUGAGAUUACUAAAAACGAUCUUAUCGCAUGGUCAUGAUAUAUCAAUGAAAUAAAAGUAUUCAUCAAAAUGAUAA